UGCGCCUGCCGGGCGCCAGCGCUGGCCAGCUGGGAGGCACCGCGCCGGGGGGCCGCCCGCCGCCCCGCCACCAUGUCCCCCCCAGCCUCGGCGGCCGCGGCCGGCGAGAGAGGCAGCAGCACCUCGGCGCCUCCGGAGGAGGCGGAGGGGGCCCGAGAGGAGCAGCGACCGGUGAAGCAGUCCCUCAGUAAGUCCCUCUGCAGAGAAUCCCACUGGAAAUGCCUGCUGCUCUCCCUCCUCAUGUACGGCUGCAUGGGAGCUAUGACCUGGUGCCAUGUGACCAAGGUCACCCGGCUGACCUUUGACAGCGCCUACAAGGGCAAGUCCAUGAUGUAUCAUGAUAGCCCCUGCUCCAAUGGCUAUGUUUACAUCCCCCUGGCCUUCCUGGUGAUGCUCUACGUGGUCUACCUGGUGGAGUGCUGGCACUGCUACAUCCGCAACGAGCUGCAGUACAAGGUGGACGUAGACAGCGUGCACGAGCGGGUGCAGAGAAUGCAACAGGCCACCCCAUGCAUCUGGUGGAAAGCCAUUAGUUACCACUAUGUCCGGAGGACUCGGCAGGUCACCCGCUACCGCAAUGGGGAUGCCUACACCACCACCCAGGUGUAUCACGAGAGGGUCAACACCCACGUGGCGGAGGCCGAGUUUGACUACUCCAACUGUGGGGUCAAGGACAUCUCCAAGGACCUGAUGGACCUGGAGAGCUACCCAGCCACUCGGCUCCGCUUCACCAAAUGCUUCAGCUUUGCCAAUGUUGAGUCCGAGAACUCCUACCUGACCCAGCGCGCCCGCUUCUUCACCGAGAACGAGGGGCUGGACGACUACAUGGAGGCCAGGGAGGGGAUGCACCUCAAGAACGUGGACUUUAAGGAAUACAUGGUGGCCUUUUCAGACCCAGACAACCUGCCCUGGUAUGUGUCCCACUACGUCUUCUGGGUGGCUGCCCUGCUGAGCCUGUCCUGGCCUCUGCGGGUGCUGAAUGAGUACCGCACCUCCUACGUCCAUUACCACGUGGAGAAGCUCUUUGGGUUUGACUUUGUGGCCGUAACACCAGCUGAGGAGCGCUCCUUCUGCAGGAGGAUGCCCCGUGUCAACACGGUGGACAGCACUGAGCUGGAGUGGCACAUCCGGUCCAACCAGCAGCUAGUGCCCAGCUACUCAGAAGCCGUCCUGAUGGACUUGGUGGGGCUCUCCAGUUGCACUAGCUACUCUGCUUGCAGGUACGGGGGCUACCGGCAGAACUGCGAGCGGUGCCACAGGACUAUAAGCAGCUCGUCCAUUUUCUCCCGCAGCGCCCUGAGCAUCUGUAACGGCAGCCCCAGGAUCCCCUUCAGCAGCAGCCGCUUCUCGCUGGGCCGCCUCUAUGGCUCUCGGCGCAGCUGUCUCUGGCAGAGCCGGAGCGGGAGCCUGAACGAGCAGAGCUGCCCGACCGAGCAAACCCGCCUCUCCAGCCAGGUCACCGUGGAAGAGGAGGACCCUCCUGCUUACCAGGAUGCCCUCUACUUCCCCGUCCUUAUCGUGCACCGCAACGAGGGCUGCCUCAACCACGACCACCGUCACCUCCAUCGGAAUGGGUCCUGCAUGGAGACCUCACUGUGAGCGGUGGGCAGCAAGGAUCUCCCUCUUGAUCACCGUGUCUCCAGACACAGGGACUUGGGAAGGGAGGGGAUAGCCAGGAAAACAAGGCACCAGUGCCCCACUCAGCAUGUGGGAUGGAGAGGUCACUGCUUCUUGGUCUCCAAGGAUAGGCUCAAGAGCUGCUGCCUUUCCUCCCAGCCACAUGGCCCCUUUGAUGUCAUGGAGGAGGGGGUGGCAGCAGGAUGGGCGAGCAGCAGCACCACCUGUGGCAUGGCACAAAAUGACAGACCGAUGACCAGUUGCAAAAAAUGGUAGAAAGGAAAGGACUGAAGGAGGGAGCUGGGUGCUGUAGUUUCAAGCUCGGACUUGAAAGGCCCCGGCUGGCUGGAAUAGUGCUAAAUGACAACUACCACCCACCGCCCUGCUGCACCCGUGACCUCUGCCCCUCUCCCCCAGCGCUGCAGACUUACUCUCCCUCAGAGGGGUCCUGCAUGGAGCCAAGAGGAUCAAGGUCUGGCAGCACAUUCCCUUUGGAGCAGCGAUUAACUCCUCAUGCGCCAAAGAUCCUGGGGCACCCGGGCCCAUAGAGCUGAAGGGCAGUUUAGAGGAGAUGCUUAAAACCACAAGGCCAACUCUUCCCCCCCUUUUUUUGAGACUGUGCUCCGACUGUUACACUGUCCCCAGCUGCUGGGAUGGGCAUCGCUGCCAGACGGCUCCUUAGAAAGCCUCAGCACUCCAGGGCCAAGAAUCGGCAUCCCCUAGGUAAAGCUUAAAGCCAAGUACUUUUCCAUUUGGGGUUGCAGAAAGCAGGAAGCAACAGGGAAUAUACCAAGGAAAGGCCCUACCUGGCAUUAGAGUGCAGUCACAGCAUGAAGCCAGAAGGUCUGGCAGGAGAAGGCCCAGCCUGCAAAGCAAACCAAGGAGACCUUUGUGUGCUGGGCGCCUUCUGCAAGCCAAAGACACCCUAUGGGGAAGGGGUCUUUGAGCCUUUACAAGUCACAUUUUCAAGCUCUUCUCCCCAGCCACAAGGACUUAGAACUUCCUUUUUUAUUUAAAUGAAAGCUGAGACCCUCACCAUAUAACGUGACUCCCAAGAGCUGGAGCUUGACGAAGAACACCAACAAACACACACUGCUUUUAAGACGUGAUUCUUGACAAUCCAGGGCUGUGCUGACGACCACAAUCCAGGGCUGUGCUGACGACGUUUUCACUAUGGAAAACGUAGAGGCUACUGUUUGCUUGACUUUUUUAAAAACCCCUCUUUGCACCUACUACUCCCAAUCCAGAGAAAUAGCCCUUUGCUGCCCUUUGUUUCCCAAGUAAUUAGUUAACUUUUCAUCUUUUGUCCGAGUUCCGAUUAGGCUGAAGUAGCAAGUGAGGACACGGGUGAUUUUGCUCUACUCGCUGCCUGGGAAGCAGGCAGGGGGAAGGGCACUGGAAUGGAUAUGCUCAGCGGGCGAUACUCUUUAAGAAGAGCAAGAUGGCUGACACUGUGCAUGUGAGUGGCCUUUACAUGCAGGCCCCUGUUCUGCAACUGGCUUUACAGGAGUGGUCCUCUGCACCAACGCAGAGUCCACUAGGGGGCCUGCCUGUGGGGAUUCAACCGUAGGAUUGGGGCCUUAAUCUUUAAGAAGACAAAAAGGGUGAUAAGCCAAGUAGCACCUGGUUUCAGGGGCAAUAACAGUAUAAGAUCUCCCUCUGAUUUAAGUAUUACUCCAAUGAUGAAAUAACAUCCUUGGCCUUUUGUUCCAGCCGUUCCAAUUACAACCCUGGUCAUUUCUGUUUAAUUAUCACACAAGUGAUAUUUUACAGCUGUCAAGUUUAAAACCAGGCAGUGGAGCUGCUACUGUCCUGCAAUAUACAGUGGGAAGUGCAGUAUGUGUGGUGGAGAUCUGAAAUAUUACUGCACCAGCCAGAAUUCAUAUUACCAAACCAUGGGCAGCCAUAGCGCUCCAUACAGAACGAAUGCUUUCUUUUAAAUUAAAUUAGUCUUUGUUGAAGAAAAUAAAAUAUAUGGCUACCUGGCUCCAUGCUAUCCAAUACAUGGCCUGUGAUUUAAACAUCAGGCCAGUUGUAUAUUCCAACUGAAAUGCACAUGUUGGCAUAGAGUUCGCAUAGCCUGGAUGUGUGAUGUGUUGGGUCCUAUACAGUUUGGAACAUAGGGUUGUUGUUUUUUCUCCUCCCCCUUGUGGGCACUGCUAACUUCAGUGGAUAUAAUGGGCAUUUUGGAAAGAAGGGGAAGGGGCAUAGCCAAGGUGCAAGUAGAAACUAAUUGGCUGUGUUCAUCCUUAGUUGUAACUCUGUUGAAGCUGGUGGAGCUACGCAAGGGUGAACAUGGCCCAUCUUCUCCACGGCUUCACUUGCCCUUGAAUCCAGCCUAAUCAAUCCCUUGCAAUAUUUAUUUUAUGCCUGGAAUUAACAUUGGGAUUUUGCUGAAUAAAUCACCUUCCAGAAUCUACCUGGUCUUCAAUGAGCUUGUGAGAUCCAGGUACCCCUGUGGCCAACCUGUUGUCAGGAGGUUCUGCUCUCCUCCCUCCGUCAUGGAACCUAGAGUUACACUUUGAAGGGGAACCUUAUGCCCAAGGAUUUGAUCUUGUGAGCUGCAUCGAAACAAACAAAUUGACCACUGCCACCUAGGGCCAGGAGCCUUCUUCUCCCCAACAGGAACUCUUUCCAGCCAGGACAUGGCAUUUUCCACAGCCUUCCUGCCUACAAGUUCCAAGGUCUAAACUAAACUUGGAAGAAGCCUCAUGUACUUCCUCUUAUUCUCUCCAUGCCUGGUCUGUCUUGGGGGCAGUGUCUUUAUGAAGUCCAAGGAGAUCAUCUUCCUGCAAUCCAUAGCCAGUCUCUACCAGCAGGUACAUCACCCACCUAUGCAACACUUUCCGAAACUGCUGAGGCUUCACGAGUCCAUACCAGUGUGCAGUAUGUCCUUCUGGCACCAGUGACAAGCACAACGGCCCUUGGAAACCAAUGGGUUGUUGGCAGUGGUGUUUUGUUUUUUUAAGACCUAAGACUUUUAAUGGGGAAAAUGAAACUUUAUGGGAACACAUGUGCCCUUCCAGAAAUAUUGCCAGUUCUUGGAACUUUGGGGAUUUUGUAGCUCACCCACUGUGAUUAGACUUUAGUGGACUUUGCAGAGCAAACACACACACACACACACACACACACACACACACGAGGAUCACUCACUCUCCAUCAGUGCAAGCUACUUCUGCAAUCUUAGCUAUUCACUGAGUGAAAGAAACACAACAUAGCUACAAUAUGUCAAGAUGAUUUAGUAUUGGUAUCAGUCACACGAUUCUAGUGUCCAUUAGCUGCACUGUCAGCUGACAUCUAAUGAGUUCUGACUUUGGAUGGCAGCCCUUGAAGCAAUCAGGGUGAAAAGGAUUCAAAACACAGGCCUGAGAAUACAAACAAGUCUCCAGAAGCAGGAGCAGAUACAUGAGAUCAGGUGAUAACAGAUGGAUUCUUCCUGUUCAAGUUAGGGAGAGAGUUUUUUUGAUCAGAUUUUUUUUCUGGGGAACAGAUGGCCCUGAGUGACGACAUUGGAUGUGGGGAAGGGGAGGUGGGAGAAUGACGUAGUAGAUUUUGGGCAAGUCUACGCUACAGCGCGACGUCGGCACAGCUGCGCUGCCGUAGCACAUCCAGUGUAGAUGCACUGUGCCAACAGGAGAGCGCUCUCCCAUCGGCAUAAUUACUGCACCUCAGUGAGAAGCAUAAGCUGUGUCAGCAGGAGAGUGUCUCCCGCCGACAGCUCCAGUGUGCACAGCGCCAAACUUACGUUGCGCCGGGGGGGCGUGUUUUCAUACCCCUGAGCAACAUAAGUUAGACCAACUUAACUGGUAGUGUAGACCUGCCCUCUGAGAGAGUCAUGAUGAGAUAACAUCUUUUAUUGGAUCAACUUCUGGUGGGGAAAGAGACAAACUUUCAAGAAGAGCUCUGUGGAGCUCAAAAGCUUGUCUUUUUUCACCUCUGUGGAGCUCAAAAGCUUGUCUCUCUCACCAACAGAAAUUGGUCCAAUCAAAGAUAUUACCUCACCCUCCUUGUCUCUCUGAUAUCCUGGGACCAGCACAGCUACAACAGCCCUGCAAACUAAUGGAUUCUACUGUUCUGUGAAGCUUCACUCAAUACACUGUAGAGCUGGUUGGAAAAAAAAUCCCAAUAAAAUGUGUUACAGGAAUUUCUCAAAAGUUUUUCCUGUUCGGUUCCCCCCCACCACCUUCAAAAUAGAGCUAGAGAAAAAAACCUGAACAAUUUUUGGUAAAGGGUUUUUUCCUUUUAUGCUUGAAAAUUGAAUUUUUGAUGAAAAAUUUAUUCAUACCCCUCACCCAUUUGAAAAAUUUCAACCACUUCCACUAAAUAGUCAGGCCUCAAGGAAAAGAGAACAAAACAGAAGGAGAAAAUAGAAAAGGAUAAAGUUGUUAUAUCGGUAGCAUUCUAGAUGGGCUGGGUGAUCCAGAAUAGAUGCAGGUGUCUGAAAUUCUCCUCUGCAGUCAUCCAGGAUCUGAAAUGGUCACAGACGUGUUCCAUCAAAACAAACUGGCCUGGUGCAUACGCACAGCUAGUGGGAUGGAGUCCUGCGCCAAAAUUUGUUAAGUUGCUCAGAGUAAUCCAUUAUUUCCUGCAGCAGUUCAGUAAAUGACAAAAUGAUGCCUGUUUCAUGGGAAAGGAAGCUGAUCUCUGGCCUUGUUUGUGUGGAGGUGGUUGUGGAGUUUCACGUUUGCUGCAGUGAGUGUAAUAGCCAUGAAGGGCAGGGAUAGAAAGGUGGUGCCAAUAAGCAUGUGGUGAGAAGUGUUUUAGAGCAUCCUAGGCCCCAUGUCUGACUGGAAUUGGAGAGCCAUUGAAUCCUUCCCCCAGUCUGAUACCAGGCAUAACUCCAGCCAAUCUCCCCUCCCCUAUUCAGCUCCCAACCCAUAAUCCCACUGACAUGACCAAAGCCUGAGUGACCAUCCCACCUGCUCCCUUGAUCCCCUGGAUCAAGAUGGAAUGCUGGGAUUUGGAGUGGCCUCACUCUGCACUAUGUUUCGGCAGCCACUGGCCAUGUUGUCAACUUCCAUUGGCCACAUUUCCCCCCCCAAGGGCUGCACAAACCUUGGAUUAAUCUGUCAUCUCUGGGGACAGCCACAAACCCACUUCUGUGUUCGGUGACGUGACUUGGACCCAUGAGGGAACUCCUUUAUUCUCUAAAUUGCUGCAGCACAGCCAUCAUUCCUUCAGUCACGCUGGUUGCUACAUUCACAAAAAAACCUUCCCCGCUGCUUCCUUCACUCCUUGAACGCAUAUAGGCAGCUAUGUCAGAGCCUUCCAGAGAUUCAAGAAAAAACGCUCCCAAAAGAUCAUGACACCAGACCGUAAAAAGCCCUGCCAUAUUGAUUUUCCUGACCUCCAGGACUCAGCAGCUGAGAGAUAGAUACCUGCUUUCCCCGAGCAGAGGGGCCAGCUAAACGAGGCAGAGGAACUCCAACCACGUCGCUAUAGGCACGAGGGACAGAAAGGCACGAUCACCAUCACAAAUAUUGUACACAGACCCGUUAUCUACAGGGCCCUUUAUAAACACAGGAUCCAGUCCUGCUGCUGCUGAGUUGAAGGAAGCUUUGCCAUUGCCUUCAGAAUGUGCAGUGUCCAACUCACAGAGGAAGCUCUCUGCCCUGAGGCGCUUCCAGGCUGGACAGAGUCAGAUAAAAACUGACUAGGUGGGCCACAACACAGAGAGAACUCAGCAUAGAUCUUUUUAAGUGGGAGUGGUGAGCAUGCUAUCGCCCAGUUGCUUGGCAUGUGUGGGCUUUGGGGAAGUGGUGGCUUUUCAGGGGGUGGGGGUUGGCUGGAGAGGGGGAAGGAGCCUGGGGCACUGGGCUAGGGAGGCUGUUACAGGACAGAAGAUGGCAUGGGAGAAAACAGCGGAAGGCGGAAUCAAAGGCAGCGUCAAGGUAGAGCGAAAGGUGUGCGAUGGACAUUCUGAAAGGAGAAGUCUCUUUGGCUAAGGAGACAGCUGUGUGAGUAACACCUGGUGUAACUGCAAGGCCUGAGACGCCUUAAUUUAUCAGAGCAAUACCAUUGCCUCCCAGGCUGGUGCUCUCAGCCCAUUCUCCAAGGAACAGAUGAGCAUUAACCACAAGGGAUAACGUUGCCAGAGGCCCAGAUGUAUAAUUGUCGCUGGCUAACAACUAAAUUGCCUUUCGCCUCUAGAGAAGCUAAUCCAUCCAGGUCAGAGGGGAUGGUGUUGGUAGGGAUCUGGCAGCACUUGCUUUCUGAGGCCUUGCUAGUGGGAAUAAAGCUCUUCAUUCUCUAGCUAUGCUCUCAGCCUAAUUUAACCAUUUGCAGGCAGUGUCUCUACACUACGUCACACCUCCCCCGCUCCCUACAACCCUCCCCACAUAGGACACAAGCGAAAUGAGUUCAGAGGGUUUCGUUCUUACUCCACUGUGGACAAAAGUGCCGCUCUGCAGCGAGCCAAGAGUAGAAGCGGAAGUAUUGCAGAUCAAGAGCGAGAUACACCAGCAGAGCUGUGUGGGCCCCAGGACUGAACGAGAGUGUGUGAGAGAGUGGGGGUUGCAGGUGCAGACUGAGGACAAUUAGCAGAGCUGUGCGGAGAGCCCAGGAAUGGAGUAGAAAGGGGAGCUACCUGGCUGAGGCGGAUUAGCAGGGCUAAGUGGGAGGAAUCUUGCCAACACUAUGCAUGGUUCAGACCAGCACUCUGUGUCCCUCAUUUUAUGAGCAUCACAUUCAUUCACUAAUUCGUUUUUAAAAACCCCAGACAGGGUUUCAGGCUAUUCUGCGACUGGGCAUGCAAGGCUCUGCCCAGUCCCUCAGACCUUUUCAGCUGCCAUGGAAAUGACUGGCCGUACUCUGCUGUCUCAGGGUGACUCACAAACCCACCAGGACUCGUCUUCCUCCGCUGCCUCCAAAUUGCCAUUCUCCAGCCGCUCUGGCUGGCUGAGCGCACAAAAGGUAGACUAAGCGGCAGUAGAAAUACUUCCCCACCCUGGCAGCAAAUAGAGAAAGCUCAGUGUGGGCAGUGCCAACCUAAUGCAGGCCAAACGAAGGGGCUGAAUGAAGUAAGGAGCUCUGUGCAUACCCACCUUCCCCCAUUUCCCAGCUAGUGCUGGAAAUUAACUAGCCCGUUUCAUGAGACAUUGCUGCUCCGACACCAAGAAAUGACACCCCUGUUGCUCAUAGCAGAAGCUGUGAGAUUUGGGCAGCCAGCCACAGAGAUAUGUCCCUUCCACCGUAUGCAUUCAGAUCAGAAGAGCAGAAGCCCAGCCUGCCAUCUGCUGCUUUAAGGAACCAGCUUUUCGCCCCAUCCAGCUCAGGCGGGGGCGCUUACUUGCACACUUAAAGCAAAAGCUCUAGUGUCGUUCCCAAGAGUUCAAACCUCUCGAAGCCACUGUUUAUACGCCCCUCCCUCCGCGCACGCACAAAGAAAUGCUGUCUCAUUUGAUUGGCUUGCCCUGAUUUUGCCCCUUCAUGCUGCUGGAUAGGGCAGAAACAGCAUUUGGGGAUCCUCAACAUACAGCCAAGUGGAGCAGAAACUGCUCUCAGACUUCGGAGCUGAAGGUCAUUCCCCCCAGCUUUGCAAUGAGGUCUCACAGUUGACCUACACCUUCAGUGUCCUAUGGGACUGUUGGCCUUCCAUAGCACUAGGUGAACUAUUACUAGUGAAUUAUUCAUUCAAUUCAUUUGCCCUUAUUUCUGUUGCCGAUGGUCCCUGGCCAGACUUGGAGUUUUACUAAAUGGUUUGUAAUUUGAAAUUGUUCAAAGAUGUGAAUAACGUGUUAGUUGACACUUCUGUGGGUCCAUGCUUGGCAGGGGGAGGAGGGGGCGGUCACCCAAGUCACAUGGUUUCAUUUCGGUGCCAGAGGAGGGAAGUCCAAGAGAUUUCAAGAUGGCUGCCUGAACAGACGUUCCCGUGAGCCUUGGCACAGGUUAGGCAUUUGUAAGAUAGCUGCUAUAGUUUAGCUACUUGCAGACUUUCCUCUGUUUACAGGAAGAAGGUUGUGAAUGCCCUGGAAGGCAAUUUAAUACAAUUUUUAUUGUAAC